UCCUGUUGAUUUGCCUGUGAUUGAGAGAAAACAGUACCAUGCCUGAGCCAGCCAAAUCUGCUCCCGCGGCCAAGAAGGGCUCCAAGAAGGCCGUCACCAAGACUCAGAAGAAGGGCGACAAGAAGCGCAAGAAGAGCCGCAAGGAGAGCUACUCCAUCUACGUCUACAAGGUGCUCAAGCAGGUCCACCCGGACACGGGCAUCUCCUCCAAGGCCAUGAGCAUCAUGAACUCCUUCGUCAACGACAUCUUCGAGCGCAUCGCGGCCGAGGCUUCCCGCCUGGCGCAUUACAACAAGCGCUCCACCAUCACCUCCCGGGAGAUCCAGACCGCCGUGAGACUCCUGCUGCCCGGAGAGCUGGCCAAGCACGCCGUCUCCGAGGGCACCAAGGCCGUCACCAAGUACACCAGCUCCAAGUGAAUUUCGCCUCCUCACAUACCCAAAGGCUCUUUUAAGAGCCACCCACUUUUUCAUAAAGAG